AUUAAUUUUGUCACAGCUGUACUUGUCAAAUAAUACAUUCAUGUAAAUUUUGUAACGUCUCAUUUUACCUCACGGCUAGAAUAAACACACCUCGUUUUGAUCUUUCUCUCGACGACUGAAGAACCAUGGAUUGGACAUUCAGAUUUACCGUCCUCGUGGCGACUUGUGCCAUUCUUUGCUGUCGGAUGGCAUGUCAGGCUAGCACCCAUGACAAAACCAUGCCAUCUUCGGAAGUGGGUGUUGUGAGAUCCAGACGACAAGUAAAAAGUGGAAAACCUAAUGCUGCGUUACGUCACAUUACAUCAGGUCGUGGGAAAUUCCUCAUGCGCAUGCGUCGAAACGCAGCAAUUCAGCCAAAAAUUGUGCCAAUACCACAACAAAACGCGACCACUCAUUCGACAAACCAGACAAAUGGUCUCGGUAUGUUCGUGCAACAAAUAUUCAAACGUGUAUCGUCUGCAAAUGCUGCCAGCAGUGGUGCUAUAAAUCCCGAUGACGUCAACUUGCAGCAAGUGGAUUCAGGUGACACUGCUCAGAAACCCAUCUCAGAACUCCUGAGAAAAUUCUACAAAAACGAUCAAGAAAAUCAAAGCAACGUUUUGGAAAAAAAGAUGACAACAGCUAUAGGUUCUGCUGAGUAUUUUACAAAAAGCACGACAAUGGUAACAUUUGCACCGCCAACGAGAGGUGAUGAUUUAUCUACUGACAAAAAAUACUAUGAACGUUAUCUCGAAAAACUUAAUGCGUAUUUCAAUUAAAAUACUUUUCUGAUUAUGGGGAACUUUAGCUUAAAUUUUGUUAAAUUAGCAUACCCAUUAAUGAUGAAGAAUGAUGAUGCUGGGGGAAGUCUUUCUUAGGUUUAUGUCAUGGUGUUGCAUUUCAUUCUUAGCAAAUAUCAUGGAGGAAAGAAAACUGCUUUCUUUCCUCCACUGGUCUCCAUUAAAUUGCUUAAAUUUGAGUGACAUUCUGGAAAGGGCCAUUCUGUGAUCUAAAAAUUUUAACAUAUAAUACCAAUCAAGAUAGCCAUUAACACUGUCAAAUUAUAUAUAAAUUAAUAGUGUUAACAGCUAUCUUGACUUGUAGUAUAUGCUAUUUAUUACCAGCCGUACCUAUUGUGCAAUGAGGUGCAUCUGAUGGUUACUUGAAUCUUUAACCUUUGUGGUCUGAUGGUUAUGACACUCGCCUGCAUUCGUUGAGAGCUAUGCUACACGAUAUACCAACAUGUCCUUUAUUCAAACACUGUAUUUACUUUUCUUUGAUGAUUUAUGUAUAAUUUAACAGUGU